GAGUGUACACCCCUCAACUAGCGGAUCUAAAACUCAUGAGCUGGCCAGUGACUCUGGAUCAGUUGGCCGUCGGGCACUUGCAGUUCCUUCUCGGUUUCAACCUGUUUAGAGAAUGUUGGGUCGGUGGAGAACACAGAACGCGAAGCUUCUGGAGGAAGAGCGGCUGAACGAGGAGCGGGAGCGAUCGCCCAGCGACGUGGCGUCUCCGUCCAGCGACGCGGCCUCCCCGCGCUCGCCCGACGCCUCCGUCCCCACCACGCCCACCACGCCCACCUCCGCGAUCACCGACACGCCCACCGUGGAGCUGGCCUCCACGCCCGCAGCCCCUGCCAACACGCCCGCGACGGAGCCGCAGCUCACCCCGGCCUCCGCCGCCAGCGACCAGCCCUUGGCGGAGCCGGCCUCCGCGCCCGCCACGCCCACCAGCGCCCAGCCCACGCCGCUGGCCCUGAACGCGUCCACGCGCGUGCAGCAAGGGACCCCGGGCGAAGCGGAGGACUCCUAUAACACGCCCGCCGCCCAGUCGGAACACUACCACGACCACGCCCCCGACCCUGCCGGCGGCGUGGACGCUCCACCAGCGGACGCCCCCGCUCCCGAAGACGGCAUUCGGGACACGCCCUCUUCUGCCACGGGACACGCUAAAGACCUCGAGGAGAGCAAAGGGGCCCCGGUUGCAGUGGAAGCAACAUCGUCAGAACAUUCUGAUACAUUGAAGACUGAAGAUGAUUUAACUAUAACAAACAAUUCACAAGCGUGUCAAAAGGACGCUGAAAUGGUUUUGAAGGUCGGUGAUUCUUCUAAAGAAACGGUUGGCGAAAUAAAUUCUGGAGACGCCGAAAGAUCAAAAAUUGAGGGCUCUGCGGAUACGCAAAACCAACAAAAAUCAGUAGAUACUUUAAAGAAUAGCACAGGAACACCGAUCGAAGUAGUUAAAACUGCGAGUGGAUUAGAUGCUCAAAUUGAACAGAAACAAACCAUGCUAGAUUGCAACGGUUCUGCACUUUCAAAAAACUCCGUCAAAGAUGAGCAGCAAUCCUCUCUGGCCGAACGUAAUGAAUCAUUAGCCCCUAACAAGGGCAACGGGUGGCAGACCUGCGCACCCACUCAUCCAGGCUCGGUGCAUUGCCAAUUCGGCCGUUACAUGCCAAUACAGUACUACGCUCCUCCCCCGCAAAGACCCCUAAACGGCGCUCCGCCCUGUCAAACUACAGGCGCACCCAGCCGUUCUCAAUCUCCUUUCGAAACGGUCAACUACCUGUCGCAGUCGACUCUGGGGCACUGCGCGCAACGCACCUACGGGGCUGCGAAGGCCAACAGAGUAACCGGCUGCGCCUUGAGGGUGGUGGAAAAGGGCGUUCGUCUGGUCACUGCUCCUGUGGUGUCCAUCUUCGGAUUGUGGCCGGCGCCUCUUCUGUGCGUGGACAGGACGAUUUCCCGAGGCGCCAGGGAAGUUGCGCGCGUCUUCGCGUGUGCACCACGGGCCGAGGAGGCGGGAGAGUCGCCCACGGGAGAGUCGCCCACUGCCCACAACGGGGACGGCCCAAAUGAGAUCGUGGCCCUUGCAACGGCGGCGUCGGUGAGGCUGGGCGAGGCAGUUCUGCAGCGGAGGGCAACUGAUCGCUAG